UUAGAUAAAGAGCCCAAAUUUUCUGAUGUCUGCGGUGAAAACAUUGCGCUUUCUGACAACCGGAAGAUAGCUAGAUGGCGCCACAGCUAUUCUGCUGGACGGCUGUUUGCUUCGCGCCAAAUGUUAAAAGACGAAAACCUUGAAGUCUUGGUUGACGGGAGUGGACACGUGGGGAUAGGCAUCAUCAAAACUGACCCGGGGUCAUUGAAGGAUCUCCGAGAGGGCACAUCAUCUGCUUGUAAACCGAAACUGGUGACCGACAUCCGGGUACAUAAAAGAGAGGGCUUAGUGAAAGUCAAACAGCGGGAAGAAGAAAAGGCCACUAAACUGGACAUUACGUAUUCAGGUCAAAAGGUCGUGGUCAAGGUCAACAAAGACGAAAAAUUCUGGCUAACGUUUGAGCUCAAAUUUGGCUCUGCUGUUAUUAAGUUUAAAAGUCCUGACAUAUCAUUCCACCAGAAUGCAGGCAGAAAUAUAAGCUUUCUCGACAAAGAAAGAAGAUCGGCGAAACUUGAUGUGGAAUAUCCCGCAGUCACGUGCUGUCUGUGGAGGAAGUUACGUAUGAACGAAUACGUCACCUUCAGUGUACUUCCGCUUAAGGACGGCGAGAAGGACCCGUCUACAUAUUUUAUGGUGCUUGGUGCGAGUCAAUUAGAACCGGUCCAGCUUCGUUCACGGGAUCCAGAAAGUUUCAAAGCGGACUCUCGCGCGCCGUUACCUUCCCGAUGGAAAGUUAUUAAUAGAUUCGAUAAGGAUGUCUGUUAUGGCGAGGUCCGGGUGGGGAUUGGGUCAAACGGCCGGAUUCGUGCUUUUCACUCAAGUGGAUUCGAAACGGAAAUGGACUUUGAUCCAGAAGAGAAGUCAUCGCAAUAUCUUUUUGUUCUUAACUUGUUCAGAACCGAAGUCAGAAUAAAAGAGUUCGUGGAGGAAGAGACACAUUAUGAUUAUGCCCUGAAAUCCUUUCGGAAAGCUUCUAGAAAAUAUCAGUCUGAUUCUGUAUACAUAGAUAUCAUUGACGACAAUACCCCCGUACAUUAUGAUACGCAAGAUGAACAGGACUUAAGGCGCGUAAAAAGCCGAAGCUUUCCGAUGGCUAACCCAACACAAGGAGAUGUAAAGGAGAGACAGUCUCUGGCAUUCCGUCCUCGAGAACCCUCGGAUAACUACUAUGACGAUGUGGCAUUGGGGAAUCCAGAGAGCACCGAUCACUCCGAGGAAACAUCACAGACUGAGGCAGUGUACUGUGACGUCAUAGGAGAAGGAAGUACAGAAGAUUGCGAGUCCAAACUAAGGCAGUUACCUGUGUAUAAACAUUCGGUAAAACCUGAACGUCACUAUGAUGAGAUCAUAAUCGAUAACGAAUCAAGUCCAAAACUGGCUAAAAAGUCAAACAAAUCACCUCAGAUAAUCCGUAAACCUGUCUCAUUGCUUCUGGAUAAAGUUCAGGGAAUUAAAAAUGUGUUUACCAAGAGAGCAGAACACCCGUAUGAUGAGGUGAGAGAUGAGGAAAUCAAGACUGAUAGGGUUUCUAAUAGCUUGGGGACCACACUUGUAUCGGUUCCCUCCGAUGACGUCACAAUAGAAGAAAACACAUACUGGGAGGUACAGGAAGUCCCCCGAAAAGAAAAAGAAAAGGUAGCACCACAGGUUACAAAGACUGGGAACAAUGGAACACUUGUCUCUCAGUCAAAAGAUGGAUCAAAAGAAACACAAGUCAUAAAGAGUACGGAAAUUAAAGAAAAUAAAGCAGGCGUCAAUGAAUUACGAGAGAGACUAGAGUUUCAGCAGAAAAAAAUGGUAAAAAGUGAGAGUGAAAGUUGCAUUUCAAAAGCAACCUUGCAUGAGACAAGUGACAGUGACAAUGAGACACAGAAUAAUGUUAACGUCAAAUUACUGAUUCAAAAGUUUGGUGGAAACGAAAACGAGACUGGAAAAGUAAAAAGUUGUGCUCUGCGUGAGAAAAAUCCUAGGACACCAAUUUUUCAUACAAGUCCCUCAGCACCGGCACUCUCUAAACGAUCGAAUUCUGACGAUAAUCUCGCAUUGUCUCGCUCCGUCUCACAUAAUCCCGAACAACCGAGGAAUGAAAGUGAGGCUGUGAUGAAGAGUACACAAAUAAGUUCCUCAGACUUAGCUGAUAAGAUGGAGAAAACGUGUGUGCUUAACGAGACAUUUGACUCUAUAAAUCUUUUGCUGAACUUGGGGAAGGGAAAACAUAAAGGAAAGGACAAGAAAAAAUAAACAAAGG